GAAACAAAGGCGACGAGUGGAGCUGCUGUGGAACCCACUGGAGCUGCAGCAGCAGCUCUCCUGGGUCCGGGGCUGCAGCCCCCACCCACCUUCAGCGCCUGCGUGGAGGCGCCUCCCAGUCCCUCUCCGGCUGAAAGUUUCUUCUCUCCGGGGCAGUGCUGGGCUCGGGGCUGGAGGAGCCAGGCGCUGGGGGUGAGGAGAGCGGACACGCCGGUUUCCUGUUGGACGCGACACAGCCAGGGACCGUCUCCUUCGGAGCUCAUCGUCUCCUUUGCAGGCACAUAAGGCGAAGCCGGGCGGCGCUUUCUCCUGCCUCCCUUCCCGGCGCGCGCGAGGAGAUGGGCUGGCUCCAGGCGUACCUUGGCGCUCUCCUAGGGCUGUGGGCCGCCGCCCUGGCUCAGGAGCCCGAGUACAGCUACGGGUGCGCCGAGGGCAGUUGCUACCCGGCCACCGGCGACCUGCUGAUCGGCCGCGCCUCGCAGCUGUUCGCCAGCUCCACGUGCGGGCUCCACAGGCCCGAGCCCUAUUGCAUCGUGAGCCAUCUCCAGGAGGACAAAAAAUGUUUCACGUGCAAUUCCCAGUUCCCCUUCCACGAGACUCUCAACUAUGAUAGCCAUCUUAUUGAAAAUGUGGUCACAACAUUUGCUCCAAACCGUCUCAAGCUGUGGUGGCAGUCAGAAAAUGGUUUAGAAAAUGUAACUCUCCAGCUGGAUCUGGAAGCUGAAUUCCAUUUCACUCAUCUCAUUAUGACCUUCAAGACAUUCCGCCCAGCUGCAAUGCUAAUAGAAAGAUCAUCUGAUUUUGGAAAAACCUGGAAAGUAUAUAGAUACUUUGCAUAUGACUGUGAGAACUCCUUCCCUGGUGUUUCAACUGGACCCAUGAAGAAAGUAGAUGAUAUCAUUUGUGAUUCCCGAUAUUCUGACAUUGAACCUUCAACUGAGGGAGAGGUCAUAUAUCGUGCUUUAGAUCCAGCUUUUAGAAUUGAAGACCCAUAUAGUCCAAGAAUUCAAAACCUAUUAAAAAUCACAAAUUUAAGAAUCAGUUUCACCAAGUUACAUACAUUGGGAGACAACCUCUUGGAUUCUAGAAUGGAAAUCAAAGAAAAGUACUACUAUGCCAUUUACGACAUGGUGGUUCGUGGGAACUGUUUCUGUUAUGGCCAUGCCAGUGAGUGUGCACCAGUGGAUGGUUUUAAUGAAGAGGUGGAAGGAAUGGUCCAUGGGCACUGCAUGUGCAGACAUAAUACCAAAGGGUUAAACUGUGAAUUGUGUUUGGAUUUCUACCAUGACUUACCAUGGAGACCAGCUGAAGGACGCCAUAGUAAUGCAUGUAAAAAGUGCAAUUGUAAUGGACACUCUAUCCAGUGCCAUUUUGAUAUGGCUGUAUACAUGGCAACUGGAAAUACCAGUGGUGGAGUGUGUGAUGACUGCCAGCAUAACACAAUGGGACGCAACUGUGAACAAUGCAAACCAUUUUACUUUCAGCAUCCAGAGAGAGAGAUACGAGAUCCUAACAUUUGUGAGCCAUGUAACUGUGACCCACUUGGCUCCCAAAAUGGUGGAAUAUGUGAUCGCUACACUGACUUCUCUGCUGGCCUUAUUGCUGGACAGUGCCGCUGUAAAUUAUUUGUGGAAGGGGAACGUUGCGACCUCUGCAAAGAAGGGUUCUAUGGAUUAAGUGCAGAUAAUCCACUUGGUUGUCAAUCUUGUGCCUGUAAUCCUUUGGGAACUCUUCCUGGAGGGAAUCCUUGUGAUUCAGAGACAGGAAGCUGCUAUUGUAAACGUCUAGCAACAGGAAAGCACUGUGAGCAGUGUCUGCCUGAACACUGGGGCCUGAGCAAUGACAUGGAUGGAUGUCGGCCUUGUGACUGUUACCAAGGGGGAGCAAUAAACAAUAAACUAGCAAAGGCACCCGCUCUCAGGCUUCUGGCUCCCUUGGCCAUCACCUCUGACACAGUGGAGACCUAUGUCUCACUCACUUCUGACUGGGAUACUUCCAAGGGAGUGAGCAUAGUUGAACGCCAGUAUUCUCAAGAUCGUACCCCAUCCUGGACUGGAGUAGGAUUUGUAAGAGUCCCUGAAGGGGCAUAUCUGGAAUUCUAUAUCGACAAUAUUCCAUAUUCUAUGGAGUAUGAUGUUGUGAUUCGCUAUGAGCCACAGUUACCAGAUCACUGGGAAAAAGCUGUUAUUACUGUUUCCCGCCCAGGCAAGAUUCCUACAAGUAGCCGAUGUGGUAAUACCGUUCCUGACGAUGAUAAUCAGACUGUAUCAUUAUCACCAGGCUCAAGAUAUGUCGUCCUUCCACGCCCCGUAUGUUUUGAAAAGGGACUGAAUUACACUGUUCGCCUGGAGCUAUCACAGUACUCCUCCUUUGAUACUGAGGUGGAAAGCCCAUACACACUCAUUGACUCUCUCGUUCUUAUGCCUUACUGCAAAUCGCUGGACAUCUUCACAGUGGGGGGCUCAGGCGAAGAUGUGGUCACUAACAGUGCUUGGGAAACAUUUCAAAGAUAUCGAUGUCUGGAAAACAGCAGGAGUGUUGUGAAAACCCCUAUGACUGACGUCUGCAAGAAUAUUAUUUUUAGCAUCUCUGCACUGUUACAUGAGACCGCAUUAUCUUGCCAGUGCAACCCUCAAGGCUCAUUAAGUUCCGUGUGUGACUCUAAUGGAGGACAGUGUCAGUGUCGUCCUAAUGUUGUUGGAAGAAGAUGUGACAGAUGUACUCCUGGCACCUUUGGGUUUGGACCUAAUGGAUGCAAAUCUUGUGAAUGUCACUUACAAGGUUCUGUCAGUUCCUUCUGUCAUCCUGAGACGGGCCAGUGCUACUGUUUCCAUGGAGUGUAUGGCCGUCAGUGUGAUAGGUGCUUACCUGGAUACUGGGGAUUUCCAAACUGUCAGCCUUGCCAGUGUAAUGGCCACACGGAUGACUGUGACCCAUACACUGGGGAAUGUUUGAAUUGCCGCGAUUCUACCAUGGGACACAACUGUGAAAGGUGCCUUGGUGGCUAUUAUGGAGACCCUGUCCUGGGAUCAGGAGAUCAUUGUCGGCCUUGUCCUUGCCCAGAUGGCCCAGAAAGUGGGCGUCAGUUUGCCAGCAGCUGUUAUCAAGAUCCUAUUACUCUGCAAAUUGUGUGUGUCUGUAAUGUGGGAUACAUAGGAAGCAGAUGUGAUGAGUGUGCUUCUGGUUUCUUUGGAGACCCUGAAGAGACAAGUGGAGUCUGCCAGCCGUGCCAGUGUAACAACAACAUUGACAUGACUGAUCCAGGGGCCUGUGACAAGCAGUCUGGAAAGUGCCUGAAGUGCUUGUAUCAGACAGAGGGUGAAAAUUGCCAGCUGUGUAAAUAUGGGUACUAUGGACAUGCAUUGCAACAGGAUUGUAGAAAGUGCGUCUGUAAUUACUUGGGAACAGUGCGAGAGCACUGCAAUAGCUCAGAAGACUGUCAGUGUGAGAAAACAACCGGUCAGUGCCAAUGCCUUCCCAAUGUGACCGGGCAGAACUGCGAUCGCUGUGCACCAAACACUUGGAGACUGGCCAGUGGAACUGGAUGUGAACUGUGCGAGUGCGAUGUUGCUCGUUCCUUCGAGCCAUCAUGUAAUGAGUUCACUGGGCAGUGUCAGUGCAUGCCUGGGUUUGGAGGCCGCACCUGCAGGGAGUGCCAAGAGUUUUUCUGGGGUGACCCCAAUGUGGCAUGCCAAGCUUGUGAUUGUGAUCCCCGUGGAAUCCAGACACCUCAGUGCAAUCGCUCCACGGGGCUGUGCGUCUGUAAGGAGGGUGUCGAGGGACCCCGCUGUGACAAGUGCACCCGCGGCUACUCCGGCAUCUUCCCUGACUGCGCGCCAUGUCAUCAGUGUUUCGCUCUGUGGGACGUCAUCAUUAGUGAACUGACUAAUAGGACACAGAGGUUCCUGGAGAGAGCAAAAAUCCUGAAAAUCAGUGGGGUCAGUGGCCCUUACCAGCAAACUAUCAACACUAUGGAAGAGAAACUGAAUGAAAUUAAAAGUAUCCUUGCUCAAAAUCCAGCUGCUGAGCCCCUUAAAAACAUUGGAAAUCUCUUUGAGGAAGCAGGCAAGCUAACAGCAGAUGUUACAGAAAAGAUGGCUGAAAUAGAAGAUAAGCUCUCUGUGAUAGCGUUAAAAAGCAAUAACACGGACACUCACCUGAGGGCCCUGGAGACAGAUGCAGAGAGCCUAGACCUCGUUGUGAAAGAACUUGCAGAACAACUCGAGUUUAUAAAAAUCUCCGAUAUCCGGGGAGCCUUGGAUAGUAUCACCAAAUAUUUUCAGAUGUCCCUGGAGGCAGAAGAGAGGGUCAAUGCCUCCACUGUUCACCCUGAUAGCCUUGUGGAACUGUCAGCUCAGACACGACAGGAAGUGGAAGACUUAAUCAGUGAGCAAGAGGCCCAGUUCAAGGCAAAACAAGAGGAACAGUCGCGCCUUCUGGAUGAACUCGCAGGCAAGCUGCAAAGUCUGGAUCUUUCUGAAGUGGCUGAGAAGACAUGUGGAACUCCCUCGGGGGCUUCCUGUGCUGACUCAGAGUGUGGCGGUCUGAACUGCCGAACAGAUGAAGGCGAAAAGAAAUGCGGAGGACCAGGCUGCGAGGGAUUGGUUACUGUGGCUCACGGUGCGUGGCAGAAAGCCAUGGAUUUUGACAGAGACAUACUCAGUGCAUUGGCGGAAGUUGAAGAACUCUCUAAAAUGGUCUCCGAGGCAAAACAGAGAGCAGAUGAAGCAAAACAAAAUGCACAAGAAGUUCUGCUCAAAACCAAUGCCACAAAAGAACAAGUGGACAGAAGCAAUGAAGAUCUGAGAAACCUUAUUAAGCAGAUCAGGGAAUUUCUGAUGCAGGAUAGCGCCGAUUUGGAUAGCAUUGAGGCAGUUGCUAAUGAAGUGUUGAAGAUGAAGAUGCCAGGUAGCCCCCAGCAGCUACAGACCCUGACAGAGGAUAUCCGUGAGCGUGUGGAAAGCCUUUCUGAUGUAGAGAUUAUCUUACAACAAAGUGCCGGAGACAUUGCCAGAGCUGAGAUGCUGUUAGAUGAAGCGAAUAAAGCAAGCAAAAGUGCAAAAGAUGUUAAAGUCACUGCAGCUAUCGUGAAAGAAGCACUGGAAGAAGCUGAAAAGGCCCAAAAUGCAGCCGAAAAGGCCAUCAAACAAGCUGAAGAAGACAUUAGAGGAACGCAGGACCUACUUACCUCAAUUGAAUCUGAAAAUGCAGCAUCUGAAGAAACCUUAAACAACGCUACCCUACGUAUUACUGAGCUAGAGAAGAGUGUGGAAGAUCUUAAACAAAAGGCUGCUACAAAUUCAGAGAAUGUGGAACAGAUUGAAGAAACCAUUGCUACUGUGAAACAAAAUGCCGAAGAAGUUAAAGAGGUACUUGACAGUGAACUGCAUGCCAACUAUAAAACAGUUGAAAACCUAAUUGCCAAAAAAACAGAAGAGUCUGCUGAUGCCAGGAAAAAAGCUGGAAUGCUGCAGAAUGAAGCUAAAUCAUUGUUAGCUCAAGCAAACAGCAAACUCCAGCUGCUCAAGGAUUUGGAAAGCACAUAUGAGAACAAUCAGAAAGUCUUGGAAGACAAAGCCAAACAGUUGGUGGAGCUAGAAGAAACAGUGCGCUCCCUCUUACAGGCAAUCAGCCAGAAAGUUGCAGUAUACAGCACCUGCUUGUAACUUGGGAAACAGUCUGGACCCAAUGUAUCCUGGAUGAGCUUAAAAGUAUUAAGUUUGAUAAACUAGUUCUCAUUGACAUCACACUAAGACCUGGUAAUCUUGACAGGUUUCUCACUUUUUAAAGUUACAAAACCAAAGAGUAAUUUUUUCUUAUGUUGAAAAUAAAAACAGUACUUUUGUACCACUGUAUGUAUCUAGUAUGAUUAAUUAACUUCAUUGUUACUGUUACUAGCUGGAAUAGUAAAUCAAUUAUUUCUUCAGCUUAAACAAAUCUUGUUUAACCCAAUUAGAGUACUGUUCUAAUAAAAUCUUAGCUCCAAAAGGUGGGCUUUUAACAAGUUAA